AUGUCAAUGAUAGCUGACUCUCUCCUGCUAUCCACCACAUCCAUUACGAGUAUAAUAAUCCUUGCUAUUCAAAAAUAUAAAAUAAAUUUUUAUAGUGAACCUGAUGUUCGCUUUUCAACCGCAAGAAAAGAUUACAUCAAAUUAGCUCUUUCAUUAUGUCAAGUCGCCUUAUUUUUAUUUUUGCUUUUCGUGAGAAUAUUUCAUGUAAAAAACCUAGAUGAGAAGGAAGCAUUGCAUGCCGGGUUACUUGCUUUUUGCUGGAUUUAUUUUAUGAUAAUGUGCUUAUUGAUCUGUUUUACUCGCGCAAGGAAUUGGAAAUGGAUCUUGAAUGUUCACGUGACAUUGAUCUGUGUGACCGCAUCUCUGGCUGCUACGUGGCAACUGCGAACCGCUUUGGUAUUUCGUCACGACACAAGGGAAUUAAUAAUUGCAAUUAUAAAUCUCGUGAAUUCCACAAUAAUUGCCGCCGUAGCGAUAACUACGCCCAAAGGUCCUCCUACCUUUAAGGAGGAAGGUCGUUCGAUCUCAUCAAUCAAUCAUUGUUCAAUUUGGGAGUUUAUCACAUUUUCCAUGACCAUCCCACUCAUUCGUAAAUCAUUCAAGACAAAUACACUUUACGAUUCGGAUUUAGAUGAAUUACCCAAUGAAUAUCUAGCACAUGCAACAUUUAAUAAAAUUAAAAGAUGGCGUAGUAAUAAAUUAUUAUAUAGGAUACGGAAAGCUAAUCAAAAAAUUCUUUUAUUAGAAACCUUUUUCGUAAUCUUGUCAUCAUUUUUGCGUUAUGUACCCAUCUUAUUCUUGUAUAGUUUGUUGGAUUUUAUUCAAGAGAAUAAAUUCGAAAAUUACGAGUGGGCCAUCUUUUGCCUCUUCAGUAUCUUAAUCGGUGGAUUAUUACACGUAUUUGCAGUAUCCCAACAUCAAUAUUGGGGUUGUGCCGUAUUACAAGUGAAUAUAAGUUCCAUGUUAAAUUCGGAAAUUUAUUCAAAGAGUUUAACCAUUAAAAAUAACGUUAACGAGAUAGGUAAAGUGAGCAAUUUGAUGGCGGUUGAUGCUAAUAGGGUAUCUCAAUUUGCAAUAUGGUGGGCAACCAUUCUCGAAGGUCCGAUUCAAAUCGGGGUUGGGUUAUUUUUCUUGUACAAACUAUUGGAGAGUGCCUGUCUAAUCGGAAUUCUGGUUUUGGUGGUAAUCUUGCCCAUUCAAAGGUGGUCCGGUUACUACUUUUCUAUAAAUCAAGAACGUCUCAUGAAAGCAAGAGAUUACAGGGUAUCCCUUAUGAGCGAAGUCUUGCAAGGUAUUCGUAUGAUUAAAUUCAAUGCGUGGGAAGAUAAUUGGAUGAGGAGAAUCCUGGAUGCACGAAAUAUUGAAUUGAAAUUCCUGAAGAAAAACUUUGUGAUGAUGAGCCUAUUCAACUUACUGUGGAUGGCUUCUCCGAUAUUGAUCACAGUUGCAAGUUUCUUAACCUACACUAAAAUCCUGGGAAACGAAUUAACGGCUUCCGUUACGUUUACUUCCGUCGUUAUAUUCAAUGAAAUCCGAUUUAUAUUAAAUGAUUUGGCCGAAUUAUUCGUGUUAGCUUUGCAAGCUUUAGUUAGUUUACGUAGAAUCGAGGUUUUCUUAACUACCGCAAAUAAAAUCAAAUGUGAUAAGGAUGUGAUUUUUGAGUGUGAAAAUAAAAUUGGGUUUGAAAGUGCCACCAUAACUUGGUAUAAAACUGAAAAUAUUGAAGACAAUUUCAUAAUGAAGGAUUUAAAUAUCGAAUUCCCGAUAGAAAAAUUGAGUAUUAUAUUUGGCCCAACUGGAUCAGGAAAGACAUUAUUAUUAAUGGCAUUGCUCGGAGAAGCGGAAAUUCAAUCUGGAAAAGUGUUUUGUCCACAAAAUCACAAAUCGGAUGAUGAUUCUGAUUGGAUAAUGGACGAUAGCAUCGCUUACGUGGCGCAGUACACAUGGCUGCGCAAUGGCUCAAUACGGGAUAGUAUUUUAUUCAAUCUACCUUUUAACGAAGAAAGAUACAAUCAAGUAGUGGAAUCAUGUGCGUUAGAUAAAGAUUUUGAGAGUUUCGUUGAUGGUGAUUUAACCGAGAUUGGUGAACAAGGUGUAACUCUUUCCGGAGGACAAAAACAAAGGAUCGCUUUGGCAAGAGCCGUUUAUUCGAGAGCGAAACAUAUUUUGAUCGAUGACGCGUUAAGUGCCGUAGAUGCAAAUACUGCGAAACAUUUGAUUAACGAAUGCCUUUCUGGUCCAUUAAUGCAUAAGAGAACAAGGAUUCUUGUCACUAAUCAUUUAAACUUGGCUUUAUCCAAUGCGAGUUAUAUGGUUGCGAUAAAUAAUGGACAAAUCGCUGUUAAAGGAGAAGUAUCGGAAUUAUAUGAUUCCGGAUCAAUAUUUCAAUUUUUAAAGCGCAAACCUGAGGAAUAUGUGAGUGAAAAGGUUAUUAUAUCGGAAACUAAUCCAAUCGAAAAUGCUAUUGGUACUUGUAAACCAUCACAAAUUCCUUCGGAAGGAAUCUCUAUAAUAGUUAAAGAAGAUUCAAUCGAUGAGAAUAUCACUAAUAAAAGACCAAAUGACGAAUUUAAUAAACCUAGGGUACUCGUACAAGAAGAAGGUAAAGAAUCUGGGAAGAUAAAAUUGGGAGUCUAUCUAAAAUAUUUGGAAUCAAAUGGAAAUUAUUUAUUCUGGAUAAUGGCCUUGAUAUUAUUUAUAAGUACAAGAACGGCCCAAAUAUUGGAAGGGUGGUGGUUAAAUGAAUGGUCGAGUUCAAAUAAGGAUUUAAAUAUUGAUUAUUACAUAAAGAUUUAUAUCAUCAUAAUCAUUUUUUCGGUGUUUUUCGGUGUUGUUCAGUUCUCUUUUCUGUAUUAUGGCUCAUUACGAGCAUCGAAAAAAUUGUAUUUUCAACUAUUGGCUACAGUUAUUAAAGCUCCGUUAAGGUUUUUUGAUACUACUCCGAUCGGAAGGAUAUUAAAUAGAUUUAGUAAAGAUUUUGAAGUUAUUGAUAGCACUUUAGCGGUUGAUUUGGGAUUAUUUCUACAUAAUUUGUUAAUGAUGGUUGGCGUUAUAAUCGUAAUAAUCACAAUCACCAAAGCAGCGAUCAUAUUUGCCAUAAUUUACGUAAUUAUUGGUGCAUUAUAUGCCAAAAUAUCAAGAGAAUUAAAACGAUUGGAUUCGAUAACAAAAUCUCCAUUGUACUCUCAUUACACGGAAACAUUAAUUGGAUUAACGACGAUAAGAGCGUUUAAGGUUACGGAGCAAUUCAUGAGCGAAAUGUUGAAAAGGAUAGAUGAUAAUAUUCGACCUUUUUAUUUCCUUUGGGUAGCGAAUCGCUGGCUACAAAUAUGGACAAACGGAAUAGGUGCAUUUUUUCCCUUUGUCACAGGUUUAUUCAUUCUUUUGAAUUUAGAAAAAAUCAAUGCCAGUUUAGCAGGGUUAUCGUUAUCAUUUGCGAUGACCUUUACAUCGCAAAUCAUGUGGUCGAUACGGAAAUAUACUCAAUUAGAGAUGAGUUUAAAUUCCGUUGAAAGGAUAAUUGAAUCUUUAUGCAUACGACAAGAGAAUUACCAAGGAGAAAUUGGCAAAGAAACGUUAGAGGAAAAGUGGCCUAGAGACGGAAACAUCAAAUUUGAAGGGUUACAAGUAAAAUACGCCGAAGAUUUAGAACCCGUGUUGCACAACAUUUCUUUUGAAAUUAUAGGGAAAGAAAAAGUUGGGAUAGUUGGAAGAACUGGAUCCGGAAAAUCAACGAUGUCAUUAUCGAUAUUCAGAUUUUUAGAAGCUACGGAGGGAAGGAUACUUAUUGAUGGUAUUGAUAUUAGUAAAUUAAGUCUUAAAGACUUGAGAUCCAAUCUAACGAUCAUACCACAAGACCCGAUAUUGUUCACUGAAGCUAUAAAUAAUUUGCCCGUAGAUCAAGAUUUUACGAGGAAAUCCGGAAAUAUCUUUUAUAGUUUAGAUACACAAAUUAACGAAGGAGGUAAUAAUUUAAGUCAAGGACAGCGUCAAUUAUUAUGCCUUGCAAGAGCCUUGUUAAAGAAAUCUAAAAUCAUAAUCAUGGAUGAAGCUACUGCUAGCAUUGAUUUGGAUUUGGAUGAAAAAAUUCAGAAAAUGAUUAAAACCGAAUUUAAUGAUUGUACGAUAAUUUGUAUUGCGCAUAAGUUACGAACAAUAAUGGAUUAUGAUAAGAUAUUGGUAUUAGGGAUAGAGAACCCCACCAUUAAUGCUGACGUGCUAGAAAAAAUGGAAACGGAAACAAAAAAAACCACAACAAUCGUGACUGAAAUUGGAAAUGAUAAAGAUGAUAAUAAUGAAACCAAAUUAAUAACCGAAACAAUUACUACAAAGACUACAGUAGCAGAAUCCGGUAAAUCAUGGUACACGAAAAUCAUUGGAAAAUUUGAAAAAAUAAUUUAUGAACGUCUUCCAGAAACAUUAAAAUAUAAUCAAAAGGUUGUUGAUGCACUUGACGCCUUGAAAGAGAAUAUAUCAAAAAAAACUAAUGAUAGUUCGGUUCAUCCGGAAAUCGAAUGGGAUGCAGAAGUUAGAUGUUCCAAUGAACUAUGUGAUGAUGAAAUAACCUUUUUGAAAGAAAGGAAAGAGUAUAUAAAAGGAAGUUUUGCUAAAUAUAUUGGAGUUGAUGUUGAGGAAAUUCAUGUUGAUGAUAUUCCUGUAAUUGCGUUUGCCGGAAGUGGUGGAGGAUUCAGAGCUAUGAUCGCCACCACAGCUUAUAUGAGAGCAUUGCAAGACUCCGGCUUAUAUGACUGUGGUGUUUAUUAUAGUGGGUUAAGUGGAAGUUGUUGGAAUCUGGCGACGCAAUAUUCUUCAUUAUGCGCGACAAAAGAAAAUCCAAUUCAAGCUGUUUUAGAAUAUUUCAAGGAACAUUUAACACAUCAUAUAGCAAAUCCAUUAGGACUUUUGAAAGCUUUAUCAAAGAAUUCAUCACCUGAAACAGCGGUUGAAUUGGUAUUUGGCGGAUUGGUUCAAAAAGAAGGACUGGAUUUGCCAUUACAUGUAAUUGAUGUAUAUGGAUCUUUAUUAUCUGCUAGACUUCUAAUCGGAAAUGAUCCUGACUCCCAGCAUCAGGAUUUCAAACUUAGUCAACAAAAACGAUUUUUGGAGGGUGGUAAACAAAUGAUGCCUAUAUAUACUGCUAUUUAUCACGAACGACCUUGGAAAAAUGAAUUGGAUGAAAAAGAUGCUGCAUUUGUGGAAAAUUAUGAGCAAGUAUGGGCUGAAUAUUCCAAGAAAAAGGAUCAUUUGGCUUGGUAUGAAUUUACCCCAUUUGAAAUUGGUUGUGAUGAACAAGCUGCGUGGAUACCUACAUGGGCUUUUGGACGUAAAUUUGAAUUAGGAAAGAAUCUUAUUCGUAUACCAGAACAAAAUUUUACUCCGUGUGCUCCCAUUUAUAUCGAUAUUCGACAAUUUGAGCACUUUUUACCUGAAGGUUGGUUGAAAACAAAAUGGAAAAAAUUGUAUGAUGGGGCUAUGGAAGAUAUUGAAGAAGAGGAAAGAUGGAAAUUUGAAGGACAUCAUUUAAUUCCAACUGCAUCUAAUUUUAAUUAUAUGUAUCAUUUAAAUCCGCCGCCAUAUCAACUUGGAUUGACUAAUGAUCCAAUGUUAGAAUUAAUCGAUGCCGGAGCAUCUAAUGACUUGCCAUUAUAUCCAUUGGUUCAUCCAAGUAGAAAAGUUGAUAUCAUAAUUGGUUUUGAUAGUUCAAGUCAAAUUAUUAAACAUGAAUAUUUUGAACAAGAACAAUUAAUUUUUACAUCACGAAAAGGAAUAACAAGAGUAGCUCGUGAUGUGGAAAAUGAAUACUGUGAAAUUUAUGAUUAUAUCCCAACCGGAUCAAGUGAUGGAUACACAACGCCUGCUGCUCAUCCUAGCAUAUUUUGUUAUUUACCUUUUCUACCUAAUGAAAAGGUCGAUAAAAAUUUCGUACCUAGUACUGCUAAAUUUGCUUCCUUUGCUAAUUUUUCUUAUACCCCUGAACAAAUUGAUUUGAUGGUUAGUUUGGCUAAACAAAAUUGGCUUGAAGCUGAAGAAAAAGUUAAAGGUGUCAUUAUUGAUGCUUGGAAGAAAAAAAGGGAUGCCAGAUUAAGUCAUGUUUGA